AGGAGGCGGGGCCGGCGCCGUAUAAGAAGGGACCGAGCGGGCGUUUCGCUCCCAGGUCCAGAGACGCCCUGUCCCAUCCCCGCUUCCUACCGCCGAGCGCGGCGUGACCCGAGCCCGGAUCGACGCCCGCGGGUAGGCGAGGCGGCGGCAGGACUACAGCAGGAGCACCAGUACCACCAGUACCGGCAGCAGCAGCACCAGCAGCCCCGCUCCCCACCUGCCCGUGGCGGAGACUGGAGCUGCGAUCACCGCGGAGCGGAGGUUGGUGCCCGCGGCCCCGAGCCCCUUUGCCGCGGCUGUGCGGCGCCGCGUCCCGCUGGCCGAUGAGCGCCGCCGCUCUCUACAGCCUGGACUCCCCGGCAUGCUAUAAGAGCUGGUGCCUGGAGCCCGCCAACUUCUACGACGCCAAGGUGGGCAGCGGCGGCGGGCCCGGUCCCGCCUGCAAGCCGGGGGGCCGCGGCGGCUGCGGGAUGAGCGGCGAGGAAGCGGGGGGCGGCCUAGGGGGCAGCGGUACCAACCUGGCGGAGCUGAGCGCCGCCGCCCCGGCCAUGUAUGAGGACGAGAGCGCCAUCGACUUCAGCUCCUACAUUGACUCCAUGUCGGCCGUGCCCAACCUGGAGCUGUGCAACGACGAGCUCUUCGCCGACCUCUUCAACAGCAACCACAAGCCCGAGCGGGGCGGGGACUACGGCGAGUACUUGCCGCCGGGCGGCGGCGCCGGCCGCGACCCCGCCAAGGACCUCGGCGCUGCCAUGACCACCCUGCUGGGCGCCGAGCCCCGCACCGCCUCCUCGUCCUCCUCCUCUUCCUCCUCCUCCUCCUCUUCCUCCUCCCGCGGCGCGCUGAAGCAGGAGCCGGACUGGAGCGACAGCGACCUGUCCUCCUCGCUGCUGCCGUCGCAGAUCGCCACCUGCGCGCAGACCAUCAUGAACCUGAGCGGGCAGCCCACGCCGCCCACCUCGCCCGAGCCGCCGGGCAGCAGCUCCCCGUCCAGCUGCAGCACCCGCUCGCCGGGCCCCGCCGCGCCGCUGCCAGGCCCGGGGCAGGGCGUCCCGCCGCCGCCGGUCCCCGGCGGGAAGGAGCGGGGCGGUAAGAAGUGCGUGGACAGGUUUAGCCCCGAGUACCGCCAGCGACGGGAGCGCAACAACAUCGCCGUGCGCAAGAGCCGCGACAAGGCGAAGCGGCGCAACCAAGAGAUGCAGCAGAAGCUGCUGGAGCUCUCGGCCGAGAACGAGAAGCUGCACAAGAAGAUCGAGCAGCUCACUCGGGACUUGACCAGCCUCCGGCACUUCUUCAAGCAGCUGCCCAGCGCCUCGUUCCUGCAGCCCGGCUCGGGCACCGACUGCCGGUAACCGGGGCGGGGAGAGGGACGGAGAGACGGACUCCGGGAGACCGUGGAUGAUAAAUAAAUACCUCAGCGGCCGCGCCGGGCCGAACGGAGCCUAUGUCGGGCCGGGCCGCGGCGCCCCGAGCCGGGCCGGGCGCGGGGCAGGAGGCGCGAAGCCGCGGUGAGAGCCGCCGGCCGCUUGCGGAGCGUUGGAGCGACGCGGGGCCGGGCCCGGGUCUUGCACCACGAAACUUGCAAAAAAAAAAAAAAAAAAAAAGAGGAAAAAAGCUAAAUAUAUAUAUAUAUUUUCUUCUCUCCCCUUAAAUUAUUUUUGUAAUGGUAGUUUUCGUCUUUUCUACAUUUUACUCAUACCGAUGCAGCUAUGGUACAUCUGUUAAAAUGAUUCAACCCCCCAUGUAUUUUAGACAGUAGGAUGAAAACCCAAAAAGACUGAGCAUGCUCGACCUUUUAUAUCAAUUUUUACAGCAUUUCUAAGAAUAAAAGAACAAAAAGCAUUUUAAAACAA